CGCUUUCUAGCUGAAAGUAGACGUUUCCUUGUACCAUAAUUUGUCUUUUGCGACUGACUGCAGAUUGUGCGCUGCUGCUGCUCAUACGCAAUCCCUGGAUAGGUGGUUGCCAUGGAUUCCUGGGUCACAUGCGUGGGUUUCCUGUAGCCAGAAGCAGCAGAAGAUGCUUGGACCAAAAAUCCAGAGCCAUUUUCAUUCAAGAAAAAGAGAGGAUUCGCUGUGGAAGGCUCGCUGACUGGGUGGCCUGACUACACCCGUGUGCUUUCUGCCUUUCGACUGUCUGUUUUGGAUUAUCUGACAUUUGCAGCAAACCGCUUUUGUCCACAUUCAUAGACUGAAAACAGGAAUGAGUAUAGAAAUUCCUGAAGGACUGACGGAGCUGUUACAGAGCUUUACCGUGGAAGUGUUGAGGAAUCAGCCCAGGGAUUUACUCGAGUUUGCAUUACAGUACUUCACCCAGCUGAAGGACAGUGAGACCAAAGAGGCCUCUUUUGGCAAUGACCAAAAUUCGGCCCCUAGACCUGGAAAAGCGGUCAAUUUUAUUGACGAAGCCAUGCAGAUCGACUCGGAAGAUGGAGAGGAGGACGACGACGAUGACGAGGAAUUCAUAGCACCAGUGAUAAACAGAUUCAUCAGAAGAGCAUCAGUGUGUGCUGAAGCUUUCAAUCCUGAUGAAGAUGAAGAGGAUAAAGAGCCAAGGGUCACUUACCCAAAAACAGAUGAACAGAGACAGAGGCUACAGGAAGCGUGUAGGGACAUUCUUCUAUUCAAGAAUUUGGAUCCGGAGGAGAUGUCUCAGGUGCUUGAUGCCAUGUUUGAGAAGUUUUGCACAGAGGGGGAGCACAUCAUUGAUCAGGACGAUGAUGGGGAUAACUUCUAUGUCAUCGAAAGUGGGAUGUUUAACAUUUUUGUGAAGGUUGAUGGAAAUGACAAGCUGGUAGGCUGCUAUGACAACCGAGGCAGCUUUGGUGAACUGGCAUUGAUGUACAACACCCCCAGGGCAGCCACAAUAAUCGCCACUUCGCCUGGAGCCCUUUGGUGCCUAGACCGUCUGACAUUCAGAAGGAUCAUAGUGAAAAAUAAUGCCAAGAAGAGGAAGAUGUAUGAGGCAUUUAUUGAAACACUACCGUUGCUUACAUCAUUAGAGCUCUCAGAGAGAAUGAAAGUAGUCGAUGUGCUCUCCACCAAGGUGUUCAGCGAUGCACAGCAGAUUAUUGCUCAGGGUGAUUUAGCAGAUAGCUUCUACAUUGUUGAGUCCGGCCAAGUUAGAAUCACCAUGAAGAGAAGCAGGACAAAAAAAGACCAAGAGGAAGAGGAGGUGGACAUCGCUACAUGUUCUCGAGGCCAAUAUUUUGGAGAAUUGGCCCUGGUUACAAACAAGCCCAGGGCAGCGUCAGCCUAUGCUGUGGGAAGCGUCAAAUGUCUGGUCAUGGACAUUAAAGCCUUUGAGAGAUUGCUGGGCCCUUGCAUGGACAUCAUGAAGAGAAACAUUGCUAACUACGAAGAGCAGCUGGUGACCCUGUUUGGAAGUAGCACUGAGAUUGAACAACAAAGUGCAUGAGAUAACUGCAUUGGACUAUAGGUUUAUUGGAAGAAAAGGCUUAUAUGGAACCACUUAACAGCUUUUGUUACAAGAAAUGUGAAUAUACACUAUGACAUUUGUGUGUCACAUAAAUUAAACAGACUAUGUUAUGUCAGUUUCCCAUUUGAAACAAGGUACAUUUGAACAGAUUUUGCCACUGAGUGUUAUGAUUAAAGUAAAAUAAGCCAAAGCAGAGUUGCUUAAAGCUUGAUUAAAUUAGACUCCUUACAACUCUCACCUUAAAAGUGUAAGUGUGCAUUUUAAUUGUCAGUGUCAGAUGUAUUAUUUGUUUGUACAAUUAGCACUUUUGUUAACUCUCACCUUCUUCCCCUACAGUGUUAUACUUAACACCUACAGCAUUUAUAGCCUCUGUAAAUUUCUAGACAUUGUUUAUUAAAAUCAGAUGCCAAAGCUAAUUUCUUACUGGAAAAUUGCGAGCAAAUAUGUCACUUUCUCUCAGCGCUCUUGGAUCGAGCACUAACACUCGCAGUAUGAAGUGCACUUGUUAAAGUGGGCCUCAACAAGAGAAAGGAUAAACAAUGUUUGUUAAGGAAGUUGAUUUAAUUUUAUGUUUUAUCACACUUUGGAUCACUACAGAUUGUACACUUGGCAGUACCUAAAGGUUUUUUACAAAUAUGUUUCUUUUUAUCAUACGAUUUAAUCCCUUGAAUACAUGUUCAUAAACUGUAUAUCAUUGUUCGUAAGUGUUUGUGGCUGUUAGCCUAAUACUAUGCUUUUUCAGGAAAAAAAAAGAAGAAAAAAAAAACAAACUUCAGAGAUAUAGCUGAUAAUUUUGUAAGAAUAUACAACACAUUGCUGUACAACUUUAAAUUUAGUAUUUACUGUUCUGAUAUAGGCCCACCUUUAAUUUGAUAAGUUGCUUAACUAGACUGUAGUCGUUACAAGCAGCGUCUUGAGACAAUUGAUUUUCCUGUGUUUUACUGUAAAGUUUUAAGUCAAAUUGUUUUUGUGUCGGUGAAACAUACGUACACUAUGAUUAUGACAUCCAUUAUUGCUGUCUACCUCUGCCAACAACCAAUAUUGUUUGGAAACAUACGCUUUUACUCCCUCUCGACAGAAACAAAGUCUUUUUUUUUUUUUUUUCUCUUGGACUGACACGAAACAUGAUAAAUUGAAGUCUCCUGUAAUUUCUCUGUGCUUUACUGCAACGUAGAUUGUUAAAAGCUGGUUUGACAUUUAAGCAUUCUGAUUUUGUUUUCCCCUUGUGCAGGUAGUACUGGUAAUUUUUGAAGGCAAAUCUAUAUUACUGGCUAAAUGAACUGUAUGUUUCACUUUUCAUGUCAAUAAAGAACGUUUUUAUA